AUGGAAGGUCAAAUUACGAAUGUAUUACCUUUGAUAGAAGCACAAGGAAAAAAAUCAUGGUUAUGCGACAAUAGUUUAUGUAAAAUUCAUGAUCCAUUUCUGUUGGGUCACACGCAUAUACCCGUUGAACAUGGUCGUACUCCUAAAUAUAAACCAUUAGCUGAUCAUGUUUUGAAAAUUUUAUGAACAGAUCUUAAAGAUGUUAGUCUCAUUGUAAUUGACGAAGUGUCAAUGAUAUCUAAUACAUUUUUUAUGUAUAUAAACUUACGACUACGUGAAAUAUACAAUACUACUGAUUGUGAUGAUGGUUGGUUUGGUCGAAAGCACGUUCUUUUAUUUGGAGAUCUGCUUCAGUUACCUCCUGUACUUGAAGAUCCUGCUUUUAUUUGGAGACACGGUAGUGUACAUUUAACAGAAGAAAAAAUUCGUAAAUAUCUUGGUUCUUUAAGUGCUACUAAUCUAUGGACUACUUUAUUCGAUUAUGAUGAAUUGACGAUUAAUAUGCAUCAGCAAGGAGACGGAAAUUAUCGUGAGUUACUUUUGAGAAUUCGCGUUGGUUUGUUAAUACCAUCUGAUUGUCAUAUUCUUGAAAAAAGGAAAAUAUCUUUCAAAGGUGAGUCUUUUGAGACAAGAUUAAACGAAUUAUGUGAUUUCAUCAAUAAUUUCACAUCUAUCGUUUGUUUAUUACCUAACAAUCUCAUGUGUGAUCAAUUAAAUGCUGCAAUGUUAAAUCGUAUUACUUCGAAAGAAAUAUUUUUAAUUGCUGAAGACACGAUUGAUUGUAUUUCAUAUAUGAAAAAAAAAGUAGAAAAGGUAUUGGCAAAUAAUGAUGACGAUGAUACUAAAACAGCUGGAUUGUCAAGACAAAUUACAAUUAAAAUUGGAGCGAAAGUUAUGAUAAGACGUAAUAUUGAUGCUAAUUUGGGAUUUGUAAAUGGUACAAUUGCUACAGUUAUAUCAGUUUCACAGGAUACUGAUUACAUUGAAAAGAUAAAAGUUCGUUUACCAUAUAGUUUAGAGUAUUUUAUUGAAAGAGUGAGUGUUAAGUUUCCAGUGAUGGAUAGAGUAUAUGUUACUAGAAAACAAUUUCCAUUAUCAUUGAGUUAUGGUAUUAUCAUUCAUAAACGUCAAGGAUUGAGUUUGCAAAAUGCUGUUAUGGAUCUAGGUAACAAUGUAUUUAGUUGUGGUCAGGUUUAUGUUGCAUUAUCUCGAGUAACAUCUCUUGAUGGACUACAUUUAAUUAAUUUUGAUCCUUCGUCCGUGUUUGCUAGUGAAAUGGCAAUUAUAGAAUAUAAUCGAUUGAACAGAAUAGGUAAACCAGAAUCAGAAAUAAUCGCUAUUUUGAAACAACGUUAUCGUAAAGUUAAAGAUGUUUCGUGGACAUUGUCAAAAAUAAUUACUUCCCCGUUCAAGAAUCAGGUCAAAAAGAAGCUCCAAUAA